CUGGGACAACAUGGCGGACGAUCCUGAGCCCCACGAAGGUGAAGUCUCGGAUGGCAUGUCUGAGUACGACGAGCACGAUUCUCACCUGAAAGACGAAGACGACAAAAUGAUGGACCACAAGAUGUCCCCGGGUGCCAGCCAAGAGGGCGCCGCAGAGGUCAAGAAGAAGUACGACCCCAAGGACCCACAUCGGCCGAGGCGAAAGAAGGCCCGGAGAGCUUGUUACGCCUGUCAAAGAGCCCACCUUACAUGUGGCGACGAGCGUCCUUGUCAGAGAUGUAUAAAACGUGGCCUCGCUGAGGCUUGCCAAGACGGUGUGAGAAAGAAGGCCAAGUAUCUUCACGAUGCACCUCCUGAAGCACUUGGUCCUGUUCUUGGACCAAACUUCAACAACAGCAAUACCCAAUCGCGGACUCACCCUCAUAGGCAACCUGCCAGCGUGGCCUCUGAAGCAUCGUCAUCAAAUAUUAGAUCGACCUACUUCUCUCAACCAAGUGCCUCUUCAACUUAUGGGGUAUUUUCCCCAACAAGCCAGGUCACAACUCUUCCGGAGAACAUAUCUUAUGCAGCUCAGCAGUCUCCUGUAUCUCCCACAUUUCAAAACCAUCCUAGCGCGCCAAUGGGUGGUUUAACAGUUCCACAAGUAUCUGGUGACAUAUCCAACUUCUCUUCUGCAUUUUUCGAUCCUAGUAACCCGGCAAUCUUCAAUUUCAAUCUAGAGGGUCUGAACUUUGGAAGUCAGUAUGGUGCCAUGGAGUUUAGUAUGCUAGGUCACAUGUCUUCUGGUGCUGCAGAAACGCCUCCCAGAGACCCCUCGAUUUCGGCUCCCGGUGGCGGAGAUAUGACGUUUGGCCCCGGCAUGUUCAACAACGGCGUCGGCUAUGACAAGCUCUACGAAGGGAACAGCGGAUUAGGCGGUCUCCUCGGGUUGGAUCAGUCAAACGGCCCCUAUUCUCAAGGCAAUCUGAGCCACGGGCUUCCGCAUGCCUACGCCAUUGCUGCUGGUCCUAGCAGUCUUCAGAGUCCAAGCACUGAAAAUAACAGUCCGCAGCCAGCAGUCAACUUGGAUGGCUCCCCAACGCCUGUCAAUUAUACAGGCUCCGGGAACAGCUCGACCACGCAAGUCCCUGGCUCUACGCCAGGGGCGCGACCAAAGGCGAACUCAACGCCCGGUAUAACCGCGAGGCUGAACGCACAGGCCGCUCUUGGGAAGCGGCACCGGGACUCGUCCCAAAUCUAUGAGAACGUCAAAGAACCAUACAUGUACGUUCGAGGCUUCCACAGACUCAUUGCCUUGCUCCAACGGCGGUUGUCGGCGGGUAAAAUUUCUCGUGUGGCCAAGUCUCUGGCGAGCAUACGGCCGUCUUUCAUAGCUUGCACACGCACACUGAGCAGGGCGGAUCUCAUAUUCAUGGAGAAGUCCUUUCAGCGCGCGCUGUUUGAGUAUGAAGACUUUCUGCACCAGUCAUCCUCCCCUGCGCUGAUCUGUCGGCGCACAGGUGAGGUGGUGGCGGUGAACAAGGAGUUCACCGCGUUGACCGGGUGGAGGAAGAAUAUACUUCUUGGCAAAGAGCCCAAUCUAAACUUGAAUACAGGCACCAAUAUCGGGAGCACAUCGGAGCCGGCAAGUGGGUCGGGGACUGGUCGCGGUGGUCUGUCGACGCCUCGCCUGCGAGCCGGGAGCUCGUCUGUGGCGGCCUCAGCUACGAGGGCAGAUCAGCCAGCCAUGACAGCGGACUCGUCGGCAAGAAUUCCGGGUUUGGAUUCUGGGCCUGAGCCACUGUUCAUCGCCGAAAUCAUGGACGACGACAGCGUUAUCCAGUUCUACGAAGAUUUUGCCCAGCUGGCCUUCGAGAACAGCCGUGGAAGGGUUACCCGCAAAGGGCGAUUGCUCAAAUAUCGUUCACCAGUCGCUCUUGACGAGCCUGGUGUGGGUGGCGCGCCGGCCAAGGCUGAGACGAGUCCGCAAGCGGUGCCAAGAAAGAGCAUAUUGAGCAAUCGCGUGGCCCGGAUUGAUGGUGAGCAUGGCAUAUCAAAAAUAGAACGGGAUGGUAAGGUGGAGUGCUGCUACACGUGGCAUGUACGAAGGGAUACGUUUGAUAUCCCUAUGAUGAUUGUCAUGAAUUUCCUUCCCUGCUAUUAUCCCAAUCAAGAGCCGCAUCAGUUAGCGGUAUGAGAGGCUAUUUUAUGGGCUACUUUCACUAAUCUAGAGAGAACCAUGCUAUGUCAGACGGUUGGUUAUCGUAUCAACGGUUACAAACCCAGCCAGCCAUGACUUGUUUGUGCUAGGCGCAAUCACCUUGUACAUUCACUCUAUUUCAUUGUUUCAUAUACCUACACUCCCUGAGCUCUCUGUCGAUUUUCACAUCGGCCAACUGAAGGGCACUGAAGGGCUCAAUCUGUUCAUAUUUCUUGGAACAAGCAGCAACAAAGGAUACCCAAGCUUUUUUUCUUGUUCUUUCUUUUCCACGGGCGCAUCGCACUUGGGGGCUUUUGCGGGGUACAUUUUAACCUCACUCGUACAUAUCAGCGAAUGAAAAGAAUCCGAGCUUCUCAUUAUUUUGCGACGUGCCAAGCAUGUUCCUAUAAACUCAACUCAUGCAUGUGAUAGCAACCACAGUGUCUUUACAGCUUGUAGCUUGCUUGUUCUAGUCGCUCGGGCUCUCGUUUGGCCUCACAAGCCAACUUCCAUCGAGAUCACCUUGCUUCUGGCUCAAAUCGACGGCAGGAUGCAGCAGCCCGCCCUGGGGCACCCAGGCCUUCCUGUCCAGACUCGUCCUGGCGACGUCGCAGUCCGUGUUGAUGUCCUUGACGAGGGCCUCCAGGGAGUCGUAAUUCUUCUCCUCGCGGAUAAAUCCCAGGAUGAGCAGCCUCAUGGGGGCGUCAUAAAAGUCGGCCGUGAACUUGUGCAGGAUGUGCACCUCGGCGGAACGCUCCGUGUUGUUGUAAAAGGGGUUGUAGCCGAUGGACAUGACCAUGGGGAAGACUGUGUAGGGGGAGGAAGAGGAGGAAGGGGGGGUUGUGCCGGGUGGCGACGGGGACUCCGGGUGGGAUGGGGGAAGCUGGAGGGAUGCCCAGCCGUAGUAGACGCCCGAGGAGAUUGAGGAGAUCCAGGGGGUGAUGGUGGCGUCGACAGGGAGGUUGGCUGUCGGGAUGCCAAGCUAAAAAAAAAUAAAAAAUAAAAAUUGAUUUUCGGCGAGUUUGUGUGAGCGUCAAAGUUGAAGAAGAGAGAGAGGGUGAGCCGAUACAAGGGGAAAAAAAAAAAAAAAAAAAAAAAAAAAAAAAAGGAAAAGACAGCUCCAAAGGGAUCAGAGUAGGGAACCAUAUCAAGUGAGUAGAAAUUUAUUAUUAC